AUGUCACGAAGGGGAGUUCCGCACUCCAUCACUUGUAAUAAUGCGCCGACCUUCAUGCUUGCAGAGACUCCCUUCACAGCGUUGAAGGAAUGGACGAAAUUCAUGUCACGAAGGGGAGUUCCGCACUCUAUCACUUGUGAUAAUGCGCCUACCUUCAUGCUUGCAGAGCGCAUUCUUACAGAUUCCCUUCACAGCGUUGAAGGAAAGGACGAAGUGGAACAAUUCAUGGCUAACGCGCACAUCAAAUGGCGGAAAAUUACGCCAUAUGCGCCAUGGCAAGGAGGAUUCUAUGAACGUCUUAUAAAGGAUGUCAAGCAGGCAUUAUACAAAGCGUUGGGUAGAAAAAUUCUAGAUGAAGACGCAUUGAGAACUAUCUUGAUAGAGAUAGAAGGAAGUCUCAACAAUAGACCGCUCACAUAUCAGGAGGAGGAUUUUGGUGAAUUAGUCUCUAUUCGACCGGUAGACUUUCUCCAAAACCGGAUAGUUAUCACCUACUUGAUGGAGGACACGCAAAACGAUGCAGAAGACCCCAAUUUCACACCGCCGGCAGAAGUCGCUCAAAUAAGAACUAGACGAGAAGCAGAAGAGGCCUUAAAGACAUCAUAUGAAGUUACAGAACGCUUCUGGGAGCUAUGGAAGGACUCGUACCUAACUUCGUUGAGGGAGCAACAUAAUCGAUAUCUUAACCAAGGACGAAGUUCACCAAAGAAGCCACGAGUAGGGCAAGUGGUCCUACUGCAAGAACCGUUUCUUCCCAGGAAUACGUGGAGAUUGGGAAGAAUAACAGGACUCGGA